AAAACAGAACGAAAACCUCGAAGUUCCAGAUAACGUGAAACCUAUAUUCGAUGUGUUGUCCCAGCUAGCAAAUGAGGCAUAUAACGAGCGAUAACAAACCAGUGUCAGAAAAGAAGUUUGAUGAUCCGCAACUACAUGGUCGAACCCUGGGUCAAUAAAAGUAACCAAGCAACAUGUCGUCCACAUACCUUGUGGAGAUAUUACACGCCCGAGGACCCUACUCAUGUCUAUACGUAUACACAUACAGAUUUCAGAGCAUGCGGUUCUUUGAUAACCAGCGAAAAGAAAAAAAGCGAAAACCAUACAGUCAGUCAAUGUUGCUUUAUUAUAUCUGAUUUGUUCAAAGCAUUAUGGAUAGGACACUAACGCAUUACACUUAGUUUAAAGCAUUUGUCUUUAGUGCAUCCUAGUUUAACCUGUAUUCAUAAAGUUGUACAUUUUGUGAAACCGCUUGCUUUUUACUUGGAAUAUGUCCAGAGAGCAGAGAUAUAUCGCGUCUUUCCUCUUAUCCGUCUCAACGGAUGACAACUGCAUCGCAUGCGCCGCGCUCCCUUAGCUCGCAGAACCGUUUUUCGGCUGCUUACGAUUACGGCUACUAUUAUUACAGUUCUGUCUGACGUCGAUCCUAGCGCCGUUGUUAUCACUACGAACCACUCUCUUCUGGCGUCUGACGGCGCUUCAGGCUUUAGCGUCGCUUCAGUCAUCUAACUCAGAUCGGCAGCAAACCACUGCCGAGCCGUUGAGCACGACGCUCACGUGCGGCUCGAUCUAACACACUUCAGAUACCUUCACCGAUUGACUAAUAUUCGCCAUACUCAUGAUAUUCGUAAUCCUUAGUGAAAUACAAUUUAAGAAUGCGGUUAAGAACGUCUUAAGGCACGUCAGAGAAGUCUGCUGAAGGAGGAGGACACAUAAGGGGUCAUAAAGGACAAGAAUGUUGCAAAGGGUGGUGCUAGUCGCGCUGGCUUUACUAGAACUUGCGCUGUGCCAGCAAAAUCCGACAAUCUCGUACAUAUCGAAGGAGCGUGUGGUCAACAUCGGGGAUACAACCGAGCUCGAAUGUUCAGUUCAAUAUGCACAGAGCUACCCAGUUCUCUGGGUUCGGAUCGAUCCUCGGCACCCUGAAAGUCCCACGAUUAUAUCAACCGGUGGUUCCGUCAUCGUUCCGGAGCUUCGAUUCAGUAUACGUCAUGACGAUGUAUCGUCCACCUUUUCCCUAUUAAUUUCCAAGAUUCAAGAAACUGACACAGGACUCUAUCAGUGUCAGGUGGCGACCUCGGCUAUUCAUAAGAUCACGGCAGAUGUUUGGCUACACGUCCGCAUCCCACCAAUUAUCUCUGACAACUCGACACGUUCGAUUAUUACGUCAACCGGUGCCAACGCUUCGCUCGAAUGCUACGCUGAUGGAUUUCCUCCGCCGCGAAUCACAUGGCGACGUGAGAACAACGACCUUCUUCCAACGGGCGGUGCGAUCUAUCGCGGGAACGUGCUAUCUAUAUUCGGAGUCACCAAGGAUGAUCGAGGCACUUACUACUGUAUAGCUGACAAUCGUGUCGGUAAAGGAGCUCGAAGAAAUGUCGGAGUUGAGGUUGAAUUUCCUCCUGUUGUCACAGCGGAUCGUAGCAGGUACGGGCAGGCUUUGCAAUAUCCAAUGGACCUAAUGUGUCACGUCGAAGCCUUCCCAUCACCUUCAAUUCAGUGGUGGAAGGACGGAUAUCAGAUUUCCGAUAACCAACACUACAGGAUCUCGAUUUUCGCCACCGCUGAUGAGUUCACUGAUUCUGUUUUGCGGGCUGUAGCCAUCGAGAAGAAACAGUAUGGCAAUUAUACAUGCAGAGCGAUAAAUAAACUUGGUUCCUCUGAAAUCGUCAUCAACUUGUUUGAAACUGUGAACGUAGUAUGUCCGCCGGCCUGUGGCGCUCAGUACCUGACUGGAAGCGCAACGACAGCAGUGAUUUCUGGGCCGGCUGUACUCAUAUUGGUGGUGGCGGUUCUGCGUCACAUACGACAAAUGGGAAUCUAUUAAAUUUAAAACAUUUUUAAAAAUAUCAAUAACUUAAUGAGCGACUGAAGACUUCAUGACGAUUGCGAAGCAUUGCUGCACGAUAGAAAUAAGAGUGAGCAUGUCAGCGUCGUCUAGUAAAAUAAAUGACUUUUGCAGUACGCAGCAAAUGCGGGGGGUGACCAGAACAUCUUUUAAGCACCCGGUACAACCCCGAAAAUUAAAAAAAAUUAUAUAUAUAUUUUAUAUGUAUAUCGUAUGUAUGUAUUUAGUAUAUGUUUAUACUUCUAUAAGAGUCAGACGAACAAAUAAAGGAUGGUGGACAACUUACUUAUUGAUA